UCCUCUGAUGGAGGGAGCAGUGACACCGAUCACUGGGAAGCCCCUGCUGGUCCGGUCUAUGGCCCAGUUCUCCAAAAUUGUUGUUGACAAAGUAACCUCUCUGGAUGGAGAGCAGCACAACGUCAUGUUUAUUAGCAACAACUCUGGUUGGCUGCAGAAGGCGGUGUGGUCUGGUGAUGAUGGAGGGCGAAUCAUUGAGGAGUUGCAGCUGUUUAAGAAUCCUCAGCCCAUUCGCUUCCUUGAGCUCUCCUCUAGAAGAGGUCAGCUGUACAGCGCAACUAGAACUGCUGUUGCUCAGCUCAGUGUGAGGGACUGCAGCCGCUACACAUCCUGUGCUGACUGCCUUAUAGCCAGAGAUCCAUACUGUGGCUGGAACCGUCUCAAAGGCCUGUGUGCUGCUGUUGCUGGUGCUUCAAACUUCUCCAUGAUCCAGAACCUCAUUGAUGGUGAUGCUACAAUGUGCCCAAGCUCUCAUUGCAAUGUCAAAGCAGAUUACCGACAUCCACCUCACAGCUGACGUCGCACAGUUCCUCCCCUGCUCCCCUGAUACCAAUCUCCCCAUCAGCUGGAGCUUCUCUGGUAAAAUCCUUGAGCCCGGUCCCCGACACAUUCUGCUCAGCCAGGGACUCGUUUUAACACCUUCCUUCACUGAUGAAGGCCUUUACACCUGUGAGACAGUGGAAGUAGUUAAAGGCAGAGAGCACAAGAAGGCAGUGAUCCAGUACCAUGUUAAGAUGUCAGAGGUGGGUGGGGUAAACUGGUUUCAGGCUAUAGUUAUUUACAUCUUAGCUUCUGUUUGUGUGCUGUGUGUAAUGCUCAUCAUCUACGUAUGGUGGAAGAAGAAACCUCAAAACCAUGUUGGCAGUGCCAGUGUGAAUUAUGCUAGCACUGAGCAACCAGAGGGGAAGACAGAGUCCUGCAGCUGUGGGAGAGUUCCUGGUACUAAGAAAACCAAACCAACUAGGGUCAAAGAGAGUUCAAAAUCUACCGUUUAAAACAGAUUUAUAGUUCGAUAACAGAACAACCCACUUCUGUUACACUUUGUGCAUCACUGCCAUCAACUCUGUAAAAAUAAAUGACGAAAAUGAUUAAA